CCACACGGCAUCAGCGGCUGCAACAAAAAACUCCGCAGUGCAGCUGAUAAGUCCACCGCUUCUCAAGCUUUUGUUGCCUUUGGGAGAUUCAUUCCUUGGACGCCACGUGAGGUGAACGAAAAACUCCUACAGCCAACUCGUUCGCCAGCAUUUCAUGGUGGUGACAAGCGAGUGAAGAAAUAGGCAAAUAGUAGGCGAGGCACAGGCACCCUUCAUCGCUACGAGCAGCAUCGCCAGCAGCGUCAGAUUCAGCAGAAGCAGUAGAGGCAGCAGCAUGAGCAAGCUCGAGAGAUUCCGUCCGCCCGCGCUUCAGUUGCCCGACGAUCUCGAUUCCUCCGCCGCGUCACUCUCCCGCCCCAAGAACCCGCACCCGCUCCUGCCAACCCAGCCGGAUCACUCCCUCGCCAAGGUUCGAUCGCCCGCCACGUCAGCCGCGUGCAACCUCAAACGCAUCGUGCUGCAGCGCUGCCACGUGUGCAACCUGCUAUCCAUCCCGCCCUGUCGCACGUGCCACCUCUUCCUCCCGAGUUCCUUUCCCGCCAAAACCGCCGCUUCCUCCCACCCUCCACCAUCGCAACCGCUACGACUCACCUCAUCCUGCGGCGACGAUUCCUCCCAUCCAGACGACCUAAGCAGCGGCGACGGCACCGAUCUUGCCACGUGGCUAGAUCUCCGCAACUUGCCGUGUCGCAUGAUGGAGCUCGCCUUAUCAAGCUACCCGUCGAAUCCCCAUAACUCCCUCGUUGCUGACCGCCACCGCCGCUUCGAGCCACGAGGAGGUCCGAGCGGCAAGUGCGGAAAAGAUUCACUCCUCCAAGGCGCAACCGGCGAGGGAAGGCUGGGGGAGUGUCAAGCAGCGCACGGGGGAAGUCGCGCGCAGGGCGGAAGCGGAGACAUUACCCCGCAGAGCGGGUGGACUGCUGCGCGCGCCGCCGCUGCUGGAAGCACUUGGGAGCUGCACUCUCUCUGGGAGUGGGCGGGGCAGAUGCUGACGUGGCCGGAGAGCGCGCACGCGCAGCAGGUGCAGUAUACCCGCUCGUUGCGGCACACAGUCACUGCUCCUGCUCGGCUCACCAAUGCGGCCUCCAACCCUAGCCACGAGCAGAGCAGACCCCAAGAGGCUGCGUCGGGGGAAGCGGGCGGAAGAGAACCAGCAGCAGCAACUCACAUGCCCCCCUCUCCCAGGCGAUGCGCGGACGAAUCAAAAGCGGUGGGAUGUGGGGAGGAAGUGAAGGCGAGAGCGGAGGGUGCGGGAUGCAGGGAGAACGGGAACGGGGACGCGACGAGCCCCAUUCUGGUGUGGCUGGAAGAGGCGCGCAGCUUGUUUCUGGGGGAGGGUGAUCCUUGGAGGAAGAUUCCUCGAAAUGGGUGGGGCAAUGUCCAUGCACAUAACGCAGGGCAUGCUGCAGUUGCGUGCGGUGCUAUGAGAUGCAGGACAAGCGUUCCGGUGAAUGGGCGCACGGCACACGUGCAGUGAUGCUAAUGGAGGGAGGGAGUAUUCCGGAGCGAGAUUUUUGUUGGGUUGAGGGGGGGUAUGCAUAAGCGGGGAGGAGGAUGCAACUGGGAACACAUACCAUGCACACGCAGCUGUAUGGUUGUUCUGAUGAACAAGUAGAGGAGUCAAGUGGUUGGUGAAAGGACUUGGAUUUGCAAGCGUAGAAGGGCACGAGAAUGUGUCUUGGUAGGAGUAUUUUUGGAUAAGCAGGUCAUAUGCCAUAGGUGUUUGUGAAAACAUCACAUUCCAUGUAUUUUCCUGUCAAUAUUAGUCCAAUCUAGUUG